CAAGACAUUGGUGUAGCCUCACUAUUGAGACGCAUAACGUUAACGUGCUGUCCGUUAGCUCGCCGGUUACACUGAGUGGUAACUGUCGCCUCUUCCCUUCAAGGCUCUUUGGUUGUGCUCCCGUUCUUGUUCGCCGCAUGUCUGAGGUCGGCGGGUCCCUGAACGCGCUGCUGCCCGCCGCAGGUUGCACAGUGGCUCUACGCUAAUCUAGGUCAUACGAACAGUCCACAUUGAUUAGUUAGUGUGAAAAUCACAAAAGCACGUUAAUAUUAGGGAGGAAUUAAUGUAACCCAAACUACAAAAAGUAUGAAAAUUAAAAGUAAUAGAAGGAAAUAAUCUGUGGAUUUUUGAACAUCACGUAGUGCAAAUUGUACCCUAGUUGUUAAUGUGAUGCAGUGGUGAGUUAUGUGUGUUCAGGGUGAUGUCUGUGGGCGUAAUAUAUGUUGUGCACAAAAAUCAGUCAUUAGGAUUUCACUGAGUCACGGUAUGAAAUUUGCCCAGUGAUAGACUAGAUGAGCGUAAGUGGGUUUCAUACGUGGGUCUGUCGCCCUCUGCCGGUCACUGACGGAGCUGUGUUUGUUUACGUACGGACUGUAACCACCUGCAGUGUGGUUAAUUUCGUGUCUGAUGUGAUCAGUGUGUUUGUCUGAUCAACGUUGUAAUCGUUGACGCAGCGACACUAACUAAGACUCAUUUUGGCAGUGUGGGUUUAUUUUUUCUGUUCAGACAUUUAAAACGGUGAUGAUAAGUGGAUGAUAAUUGGUGUGAAAAUGAUCUCGCAGCCAGCAGAAGUUCUGUUCUGUCAUGGGAUGAACAUAAAGUCUUUGGUUGCUGCAUUGUGUGGAUGCGUUUCAUUACAGUGGUGUCUACCUGAGUUUUCUGUUACUGUCAACAUUUCAUCGAAAUUAGAUACCCCUACAUUUUAAUAUCAGUUCCCCAACUCUUGUCACACAGUCACAACAAUUAUCCACCAUUUAAGCCACUUCUUGUUUCACUAGAAUUCAUAAACCACAUGGGACAAACAAGAGAACAGAAAUAAUAUAGUAUUUGUUUUUAUGCAACAUAAACGUCAUUUUGCAUUUAUAUUUUGUAAAAGGUUGUUCCGACACAAUCCUGAAAUCUGUCAAAUGGCUUAAUAUUUCUCCCUCAGAGGCCAUGGAGCUGCAUCCACCUGCCCCAAGCACUUGAGAAAAUAAACACAUAUUUCACACUUUCUCACUCCCUUUACUCUCCCUCGCCUGCUCUCUCUCUCUCUCUCUCUCACACACACACACACACACACACACACACACACACACACACACACACACACACACACACACACACACACACACACACACACACACACACACACACACAGUGUGAUCAAUUUCUUAACUUCCUCCUUUUGGAGUGGCUGGGCUGAAUACCAGAACACAGGAUAUGCUUCGCAGUGCUCUCAGUUUCACAGCAGCGGCGGCAGCGGCGGCAGCAGCAGCAGCAGCAGCAGCAGCCGUGAGGACGACACACUGCAGCCAAGAUGAGUGCUGGGGAUGUGGUCUGCACCGGCUGGCUCAUUAAAUCCCCCCCGGAGAAGAAACUAAAGAGAUUUGCCUGGAGGAGACGAUGGUUUGUGCUUCGGAGAGGACGCAUGAGCGGUAACCCUGAUGUACUGGAGUACUAUCAAAGUAAGAGCUCCAAAAAGCCCAUCCGCACCAUUGACUUGAAAGAGUGUGAGGUGGAAAUGCUGAAUGGGCAGCUCAGAAUAAAGCGAGACUUCAAUGGGAAGCACCUGUUUGUGGUGAAGACCUCAUCUCGCAUUUUUUACCUGGUGGCCAACACUGAGGAGGAGAUGAACAGCUGGAUCAGCGGCAUCAGUCAGAUUUGCCACUUUGGAAACCUGGAGGACGCAGAAGGCUCAGAGGAGGGCUUUCCUCACACACCCAACUCUGUGCAGCUGUCCCCCGACAGUUCGGACCGGGCGUCUGUGUCCAGCCAGCAGGGCUCCAGUGGCCCGCAGGACUACCUGUUCCUGUCCCAGUGUGAGACGGGCAGCGUGAGCACCGCGAGACGCGACAGCUUUUCGAACUCUGAGAUCUCCCUGGAGCGAAAGGCGUCAGAGGACGGUUUCAAGGACGCGGCGCCCUCGCCCCUUCGCGCAGAUGCCUCGCCGCCCUCCCUCGGCCACGCCUGCCCCAGCCCCUCUCUCCUCCCUCACGGGAGGCCGGCCAACCCUCCCUUCAGCGCCCCGUGCACCUCCGUGGUUCUGCCGUCGUCCUCGUCGUCUCCGCUGCUUCACUGCGCCACGAACGUCUUCCAGUUUGACAAACCCUACUCUUCUGCCCCGUUUGAGGCCAUGAGCGACGGGCAAACGCCUCCCCCGCUGCCACCGAAGCCUAAUCACCUGUCAGAGCAGCUAAGCGACGGUGGGGCUCACAGGCUGAGGGCACAGAGCGAACACCAUCUCUCCAGCCACACUGCGUUGUUCAACAGGAGGAUCUCGUUGUCAGACCUGGACCAUUUCAGAACAGCAGAUGCUGAUUUCAGGUUGACGAGGAACAGAAGGCAGAGUCUCAAUUUGCAGCCUCGUUUAAAUACCACUCAGAUUCAGAGCUACCAGGAUGAGUCAUACGUCCCCAUGGCUUCCCCUUCUCCCACUGUUUCCACUGUCGAGUGCGACGGUUACAUCCCCAUGAGCCCCAGGUCUUUCAGCUUUCUCAAUCCAAACUACAACGAUGAGUCUUCCACAGCUCUCAGUCCACUAAUGUGUCAACUUAGAGACGUCGCACCACCUCCAAUUCAUCGACACCUAAAGCCUCGUCUGAGGAGAGCUCGACCUCCUCCUCUUGACCUGAGAGGCCUUUCUACGAUCACAGAAUGUCCCACACAUCUUCCUUUGUGCAGAUCAAUGAUCGAAUCAUGCUUGUCAGCGAACACAGACAGUUCAAUGGACGACGACCCUAAUUGCUCUCCAAUGGGAGCAGGAGUUCAAUCAUGGCCAAGAAUCUCUUGUCUUGACUAUUUGUCACUGGACUUCAAUUCUGCAUCUCCAUCUCCUGUGCAGAAGCAGAAGCCUUUUCUGUCUGAUGAGCACAGAGUUGACUACGUUCAGGUGGACGAGAAGAAGACCCAGGCGUUACAAAACACCAAAAUGGAGUGGACGGAUGUUCGACACAAACAUGAAAUGAAGUGAAAGAAGAUAUGAUGCACUCUUGGUUCUAAGAAGACCAACAAUAACACCAGCAGGUGCAAAUAAAAAGCACUUUCAAAACCUUUGAAAAGCAUUGAGAUAAGGGUGAAGGACUAAAUGAGCAGUGAAAUGCUUGGUUGCAGGGAGGAAACACAAAUUGCACUGUAAAACUAAUUUAAAUCCUUUAAUGUAGCAUUAGGUUUUACCAGAGCUUUUAAGUAAAUCCCACACCUAAAUUGUAAAGAAAAUGUUAAAACGUUCUGUAAAUAGAUGUAAUGAAAUUUUAACUGAAAGAAGAAAAUAUUUUAAUGAUAAAAUCUUUUUGUUAAAUGUGUCUCUUCCUUAUUUAGUAUUAUGAACAGCAAUUGUCUAAUUCUGGUAGUGUGUGUUACAUGGAAUCACAUCAAAUUACUUCUGAACAAAUUCCAGAACCUUCUCUGUCCACGCUGACUGUGUGAAGCCUCUUUUUACUUUUGCCAAAGUAUCUACACUAUCACAUUAAGUGGCCAUGUAAAUAAUACCUCAUUUAUUCAUUUCAGCUCUUGUAAAAAGCCUGUCUGAGCUUUAGCUUGAAGAAUAAUUAGCCAUCCCUUUUGUCUAUGUAUAUUUUUCAAUUUAAUAUGUUAAAUGCUUCAUUCAUUUUAUUUACUUUAUUCAAUAUUACCAAGAGUGUAGUAUUAUCUGCUCUCCAACAGUAACAGCUCAGGAAAACAUUCAAGUUGCUAAAAAGAUCAGAAAUAUUUAUUAUGCAAAUA